AUGGCAUUCACAGGAACCCUGGACAAAUGCAAGGCUUGUGAUAAGACUGUUUAUGUGGUUGAUAUGUUGUCACUUGAAGGGAUGCCUUACCACAAGUCCUGCUUCAAGUGCAGCCAUUGCAAGGGCACUCUUGUGAUGAGCAACUACUCGUCCAUGGAUGGAGUCCUUUACUGUAAGCCUCAUUUUGAGCAACUCUUCAAGGAAUCUGGGAAUUUUAGCAAGAAUUUCCAAACAGGAAAGACUGAGAAGCAACAAGAGUUGCAGAACAGGACUCCCAGCAAACUUUCUUCUUUGUUCUGUGGAACCCAAGACAAAUGUGCCACUUGCCAGAAGACAGUUUAUCCACUGGAGAAGGUGACUCUGGAGGGAGAAUGCUACCACAAGUCCUGCUUCAGGUGUGCUCAUGGAGGAUGCGCUCUGACCCACUCCUCAUACGCCGCCCUUGACGGCGUCCUCUACUGCAAGCACCACUUUGCUCAGCUCUUCAUGGAGAAAGGCAACUACAAUCAUGUCCUCCAGGCUGCUUCCCACAAGAGAACUACCUCCACACCACCUCCUGAACUCGCCGACGGCGACGCUAAAGACAACGACGACCACCAAGACGGCGCCGUUCCACCACCCUCCGAUGACCACGCCGCGCAAGACCAAUCUUAAGAAACCAAAAACAAAAACCCCACCAAAAAAAAAAAAAAAAAAAAA